ACUCCGGAGCCCAUCCAAAUAAUCCUACUUGCCCCAGAGAAUGGCUCCUUGCCAGAUUGAUGAAGAUGCAGUAUGAGCGCUCAUCAAGAAAGCAGGAAUGAUCUCACUACAGAAAGAAUUAGUGGGGCAUUCACAAACUUAGAAAUCUAAAGGACUCCAGUAACCAGGAUCUAAAAGGAUGUGAUGUGACCUUAUGAUCAAAUGUUAACGUCCCCACUAGCCUACGGGGUUCUUAGGGUCUAAGGCCUUACUUUAAAAAAAAAAAACCUACCCCCAGGACAUAGCAUAUUUCUAGAACCUGGAAUAUAAGAAGCAUUUCAUGAAUACUUGAUGAGGAAUAGUAGUGCCUAAUCUCCCUGGAACAAAGCUGUUCCUCUUACUAGGGUAUGCUUGUAAAAUCAGAGCUUUCUAAAGUGUGGUCUGGAGACCUCUAGUGGUUGUCUGCAGUUCACAUAAGGUCAAAAUCUUAAGGAUGACAGAUGAGCAAAGAGCCAAAUAUCAGGACACAGGUUAAGGCCUGAGACGAGUGAAACAAGUGGGUGCUACAGUAGAGGAAUAAACUAGAGAAUUUUAAAAAUGAAAGCCUUUUUAAAAGUAUCUAAAUUGUAAGAUAAAAAUGCAAUCUUUUUCUUCCCAACAAACUGAUGCCAAAAGAAAAAAAAAAGGCUAUAAUUUUACCUGAAUGUGAUACAUAUGAAGACAGCAAUUGUUUCCUCAUAAUCAACUGUAUUGCAAAUUACAACAAAUCUAGUUCAUACCCCCAUCACUACUUAGGUUUUCUUUUUUAAUUUAAUUAAACAAAUGAUUAGUAUUUUAAAGCACAUUGUUAUUUGAGAGGUCAUAAUACAAUUCAGGAAAGAAAAUCACCCCUUUAUAAAUUCGACGCACAGAAAACAUGAAGAAAACAUUCUGUGUAUAUUAAAGACAGUCAACUCUCCAGGUCAUCUGAGAUCUCAGAGAAACCGCAGAUCUCACUUUUGUAGAAUGUUACUUAUGCUGGAGAGACACCACUCUUUCAACAUUAUACUGGGAGUCUCACACUUAGGUGAAAUGAUCAUCAUUGUCAGUAGGCAAUCUAAUCUUACUGGACUCUGAAAUCACCUUGCCUGGAUUCAUAUCACAGUUCAACAUCUUACUAACAGGAUAAACUUGAGCAAGUUACUUAACCUUUAUGUAUUUCAGUUUCCUCCCUUAUAGAAGAUGAAUAAUAACAGUCUGCCUCAGAGCUUUAAAAGCAAAUGUAUUAUACAUCCAAAGAACUGAGCACAGUAAGGAGUCAACAAAUGUUUAUUACAAUUAAUGUGCUAAAAAUGACCUAGUAUGACUCACAUAAGUCAACGAGGAUUUGAUUUCUUCAAAAAGAAUUUAAAAGCGUAUUUAUUUUAGAAACAGCUUCCAUGAGUCCACAAUAAAUGUCUUAAAAUCCAACUUUUUCUCUUCGUUUAUUAACUGAAAAAUAAUCACAAUCAAUUGAGAUUAUAAAUAUUUGAAAUGCCCUAAAAAUAAGUAGUUGCCACAGGAAAAAUCAUUAACUAUAAAUCCUACUCAUCUAAGAAGUGGGGAGCAUAAAGGAGAGACUUUUUUCUUUAUAAAAGUAUUUACAGUUUUGUAAACAGCUAUGAACAUAAUUCCAGGUAUGGACCCAAUGUUCUAGCAAAAAAGGACCUUGUAAAAGAAAAAAAUCAUUUCUCUUAUACAUAAAGUUAUUUGAAAGUCUAUGAUGUUUCUGAAGUUGUUUGGUCAACUUUACAGUCACAAUAGGAGAGUUUAGAUUAAAUAUGAGAAUACAUAGAGUUGCAAAGAGGGAGAGCUGAGAUACCUGAAGAGAAGAAAAACGUGCUUUAUUAUGUGUAUCAGAGAAAACAUAAAAGUCCAUAUCCCUAAGACUUUCUCCUUCUCCUCAAAUUUUGGGUGGAAAAACAAGUCAUCUACCCAACUAGCUACUCAACCCAUUAGAUCUCUGAACAAUACAAUUCAUGUAGACAACUCCUUGCUUCAAAGCAGAAAGUUCACCCUAUAGAAAGUAAAAAAUAAGUACAGCUUUUUAUUUGAAAAAAGAACAACACCAGGAAUACCAAGAGCAAAGUUUGGCAGAAAAUUACUUUCUACGAUGGCUGAAAUAUAACUAUUUUUUAUUUGGAACUCUACAGGUCAGUACUUGAGUCAAUGGUUUUCUAUUAAUUCAGUUUAUAGCUAAUGUACUGAGAGAUAAUGAUCUGAAAUACUUGCACCCAAAAUAGACUCGUAGUCUAUUAUUCCAGUUCCCUCUACAACCACUUUUUCACCCACCAUACAAAGUUCUCCAGCGGAACCUGCAUAUUUGCAAAACGUUCUCCUAAUGUUGACAUUGCAUUACAAAUGACUGAGAAAAAUUUCAGAAACGACUUGGAAAGAGAACAGAAGCAUUUUUACUCAUGUUUUCCUAUUCAACUUAUCUAUAUGUAAAUGGUGAUAAUUAGUAACUGUUUCCUAAGACUUCAAAAAAGUGAUUGGCACAUAUAGUCCUCAGCAAGAUUUAAGGGACAAGGUAUAAUUUGAGAACAUAAGGUAUAACAUAAAGUUUCCAAGAGUUCAUGCCAUAACAUGACAUAUGACAAGAGAUUCUCAAGAGUGAGCACCUUGGGAGAGAAAUAUUCUAUUGCUCUCCAUAAAAAAUAGGAGCAUGGUCCUCUGCAGUGGCUUUGAGCCUAGAUGGAAACAAAAUUAUAAAUUCCAUCUAUACCCCAUUAAUGGCUUCCCAUAUUCACCACCCCCAUUCUCAUUCAUCUAGCCAAUUUGAAAGAUGAGAUAAGAGUAAGAAAAGGGAAACUGAAUGAGAAUGAAUUUCAACAGGUGAGGAUGCAGCACAUAAGUUAUUUUCAGGAACUCAUGCUAUUUUAUUUUUGAAAAAGUUAAGUGAACAGCCAAAUGUUAUGCUGUUCAAACUUCAUAGAAAAAUUUAAAUUGGGAAAAAACCUUGACAUUAAUGAAAAAAGGUAUAUAAUAUUAUAGUCAUCAAUGCUUAUAAACACAAUGACCCCAUUUGACACAUUUUUACUUCUCUCAUUUUAGAUCUCCACCAAACUCUAAGUCACAUUCAAUCAUGGAAAUGGCUUAAUAAUCAGGGGCUUAAAACUUGGAGUGUUUAUUAUGGAAGUGACCAGUAUAUAAUCACUAAUCAUUACCACAUAAAAUUACAAUCCUUUUCAUUAUCAUGCAAUGUUAAGUGGGAAAUGUUCAAGAAAAAUACUCUAGACAUGUUUUCUUGCACAAAUAUUCCUGUUACAAACGUGUGUCAAAGACUACUAUAAAACUAAAAUUUAUUUUUCUCAUCUAAGUCAUCACAGUGUUUAAAAUUCUAUUGUCUAACAAUUGAAGUGUAUACUUUGUCUAGAUUCUCUCAGAAGAAAACCUGCAUAACGGCAGUUUCUGAGACAAAAGGAAUUUGAAAUGACCUGGAUAUUAAAUGACUCCAAAGAAUUACAGCUUAUGUAUUAGGUGUGAUAAUGUCACAGGGUCAUGUGAAAAGUGUUCAUAAUUUAAAAAUAUAUAUACCAAAGUAUGACUAGGUGAAAUGAGAUUUGCUUUAAAAUAUUUUAGACAAGAAUUGAAUCUGACAAUUCAAAUAAUUGACAAUUUGACAAUUACUGAAUCUGAGUAAUGAGUUUCUGAAGGUUCGUGUAUUAUUUUUGUAUUCUUUUUCAGAGUUUUGUGUAAGUUUGAAAUGUUUUGUAGUAAUUUUUUAAAUAUUUAAAAGCAUUAUAUUGUCUAGAUAUACUCAUAAAGAACUCUGGCAGGCAAGGAAAAAACGUUUAUAUUUAAAAUUUAAAUUUUAAAUUGAAGUGCAAUAUUUAAAAUUUGAAUUUUAAAUUUAAAAACUGAAGUGCAAAAAUUAUGAAACUGACAUUUUAAAAUCUAUUCUUUUAUACAGAGAAUCUGGAUUUCAUCUAAUUUAAGAAAAAGCUUUAAUGAAGACCCUAUUAAAAGUCUGUAUCAAAUGAGGACUUACAAUGCUUUAUUCCAAAGCAACAAAAUGCAUAUGUCCAAAAGAUGUAUAAAAACAGGCGUGCAUUUAGCAAAAAAGAAAAGAAAAGCAGACUUUUCUCUGCUACAAAUGUUUAAAACUCACAGUAUAGUCUUUCUAUCUCAAAGACUUAAAAAUUAUUUUCCUUCUUUAGGGAAAACCAUAUGAUGAGAAAACAACUCGGCAACAUGUCUGUGAAUAAUGCCUAGCAAAGCUUUAAAAAAAAAAAAAAAAAAAGAAAAAAAAAAGCUUCUAGCCAAAAAGACUAAGAGGGAAGAAUGAACAUUUUCAGAAGCAUUUUGGAACCUUAUUUCCAGCUGCCUUCGUGCUAAGCCCUCUUUUUCCUCCCAAAAUACGUCACUUAACUGUCUGUCAAAUAACUCUUGCCCAUUCUACCUGAUCACACUCUGAAGCUGCAGCUUUUCCUGCUUUCGCUUCUCAAUGACAAGCUGUUCAAACAGAGAACACCUAUCAAAACGAGUAUCAUCAUCUGCUUUCUUUCUUCGUUUCAGGAUAUACUGCUGUCCAUCAGGGGAAGUAAUUAAUGGGUUUAUGUAUGGAAGCGUCAUCCCAUCAGUUUACUGUCUGGUUUGAAUAGCUCCCAUCAGCUCUUCAUUCAUGCCAAGUACGUUUACCGGACAGAGACAUGAUAAAGCCAUACCACCUUUUGGAUUUUUACCUCACUAUUCAAAAAACAGUGAACCAGAAGCAUGGGUUACAAAAGCACAAGGAGGACAGAAGAAAUGCCUUCAUCCUCUACAGAAAGGAAGCUAAUGAAAUGAAAAGUUGGUAAGCAGAAAGGAAAGCAAGAGAGUACAAGAACAUCCAUGCUUCUAGUCCAGAUAAUGCGUUUUAAAACAGCUUGAUUUGGAAGUGUGUGUAAUUCUGAAAUACGAACAAGCAGAACUUUUCCAGGAGGAAAAUAUACAUACGAACAACCAGGAUUUCUCAUUGCUGAAGCAUUCAAUGAAUCUUUAAUAAGUUCUGAACACUCAAAUUGUCUGUGGUCAGAUCAACUGCUGUUAUCAGAUAAAGGCAAAACUCACCCUUCUGCUUCUAUAAUCCUAUCCAAAUAGAGUCUUCAUGUAGCGCGUACUAUCCUAACUAAUGCUACAGGAUUAUCAGGAAUACAGAUAUAAAGACACUUAAAGAAAUAAAACACUGGCAAAAGAAAACAUGAAAGGAAAGUAGAGAAUUAAUUUCAGGUCUCGAAGCUUACUAUUUCCAGCCAGAGUUCAAAUUACUGAGCUUCAAACAAACCACUGCCAGAUGCUGUCCAAGGAGAGCUGAAAUAGAAAACAGCCUAGAAUUUAAGACAAUUCUAAUGUGAAAUUUUUGCACCAGGAUGGAAGGGGACUCUUACCACAAUGCAACCACCAUCAAUGGCACCCCAGUAAAUCACCAGCCUUUGGAGCGCCACAGGUUGUGGGAAGUCAUCACCAUUGCGGCUGUGACUGCUGUGGUAAGCCUGAUCACCAUUGUGGGCAAUGUUUUGGUCAUGAUCUCCUUCAAAGUGAACAGCCAGCUCAAGACAGUGAACAACUAUUACCUGCUCAGCUUAGCCUGUGCAGAUCUCAUCAUUGGGAUCUUCUCCAUGAACCUCUACACCACCUACAUCCUCAUGGGACGCUGGGCUCUCGGGAGUCUGGCUUGUGACCUUUGGCUUGCACUGGACUACGUGGCCAGCAAUGCUUCUGUCAUGAACCUUCUGGUGAUCAGUUUUGACCGUUACUUUUCCAUCACAAGACCCUUGACGUAUCGGGCCAAGCGUACUCCAAAAAGGGCUGGCGUCAUGAUUGGCUUGGCCUGGCUGAUCUCCUUCAUCCUCUGGGCCCCAGCAAUCCUCUGCUGGCAGUACCUGGUUGGGAAGCGGACAGUUCCACCGGAUGAGUGCCAGAUUCAGUUUCUCUCUGAGCCCACCAUCACUUUUGGCACUGCCAUUGCUGCCUUCUACAUCCCUGUUUCUGUCAUGACCAUCCUCUACUGCCGAAUCUACCGGGAAACAGAAAAGCGAACCAAGGACCUGGCUGACCUCCAGGGUUCUGUCUCUGUGACCAAAGCCGAGAAGAGAAAGCCAGCUCAUAGGGCUUUAUUCAGAUCCUGCUUUCGCUGUCCUCGACCUACCCUGGUCCAGAGGGAAAGGAACCAGGCCUCCUGGUCAUCCACCCACAGGAGCACCUCCGUCACUGGGAAGCCAUCCCAAGCCACUGGCCCAAGCACCAACUGGGCCAAAGCCGAGCAGCUCACCACCUGUAGCAGCUAUCCUUCCUCAGAGGAUGAGGAUAAGCCUGCUGCUGACCCUGUCCUCCAAGUGGUCUACAAGAGUCAGGGCAAGAAAAGCCCAGGGGAAGAAUUCAGUGGUGAAGAGGCUGAGGAAACUUUUGUGAAAGGUCAAACUGAUAAAAAUGACUGUGACUCCCCAAACUACUUUCUGUCUCCACCAGCUGCUCAUAGACCCAAGAGUCAGCAAUGUAUGGCCUAUAAGUUCCAGUUGGUCGUAAAAGCUGAUGGGACCCAGGAGACCAACAAUGGCUGUCACAAAGUGAAAGUCAUGCCCUGCUCCUUCCCAGUGGCCAAGGAACCUUCAACGAAAGGCCUCAGUCCCAAUCUCAGCCACCAAAUCACCAAACGAAAGAGAAUGGUCCUAGUCAAAGAGAGGAAAGCAGCCCAGACACUGAGUGCCAUUCUCCUGGCCUUCAUCAUCACAUGGACCCCUUAUAACAUCAUGGUCCUGGUUUCUACCUUCUGUGACAAAUGUGUCCCAGUUACCCUGUGGCACUUGGGCUACUGGUUGUGCUACGUCAAUAGCACUGUCAACCCCAUCUGCUAUGCCCUCUGCAACAGAAACUUCAGGAAGACCUUUAAGAUGCUGCUUCUCUGCCAAUGGAAAAAGAAAAAAGUAGAAGAGAAGCUGUACUGGCAGGGGAACAGCAAGCUGCCCUGAGAAGUUAACAACUUAUCUCAAAAGAACAAUGACCACAGUCAACAUCCUCUGAGAAUGAGCAAGCUGAUUCUGGUUUGUAUAUUUUUAAAAAGAAGACAUCUCAUUUUGAGUCCUUCAGGAUUUUUGUAAAGGCUCAAGGUCUGUUGCUAAAAGGAAGGGAUCACAGCUGCAGCAAUUGCUGUCAUAUUAAAUGACUCUUGCCUAUGACCAAGGCCACCUGAUGCCACUGGAAUUUGCCAAUGAAGUAAAGGGAUAGGCUCAUGGCCUUUCACAGGGGAAGCACACUUGGUAACAAUGAACAGUGACUCAGGGAACUUUUGUCCCUUUUGUGGGGAACAGCAGGGACCAGGUGGAAACCUUUUCCUGUGGAAAUCUAUCAUAGAACUUUGUGCAAUAUGUAUGCGUCUAUGAAGCUGUCUUGUGCCAGUGAGAACCAGGAGAAGGGACAUCAGUGUCACUUGUUAACAAGGCUGAUAUUCAACUGGCUUCUAAGAAUAUCUUCGUAAACUGAUCACUAACUAUUAUGCAGCUAUUAUGUGGUCUAUGCUGUGGUUUGUUUUCCUCUCCCUACAUCUGAGUGAAGGUCUUGCUCUUCCCUUUCAUAUCCAAUAUCAAUUCCUCAUACUUAUUGAACUCAUGGUGGUCUCCAGGGAACCAUCCUUUCUCUCAGAAUCCAGGAUCUGGAAGGACUGAAACCUGGUCAUACCCAGUGCUUUAAAGGGGUCUCUAUUCUGCUAAUACAGCUGGAUCAAGUCUCCGCAG